AUGUCCUCGGCUUCUAACAAGCAGCUGCCAGCAAAACCACGUCCGAAGAAGGGCGAGGCGGAGGCUGUUAAGGGCACUAGCAAGGUUCGUGGUGCAGUCGGUGCUAAGGAGAAUGUUAGAGAUUGUGACUGCGUCUGCUCAGAUGAAGUUUGUUGCGAUGCCAUGGUAACACCUCAAAGAAGCCCCCCACAACAGACCAAGGGAAAACCUCAGUCGCAUAAAACUGAUUCCAGUAGACCUAAUGGAAACAUAAAGACGUACAUAUUUGGCGAACAACCCACGGGCGAACCGACGAAAAAGAAAAGGGCGCUGAAAGAGCGGCAGUGCCACCUAGCGGUCGCAAGUCCACGGUCGCAGGGACGAGGACACAAGGCAAGAGAAGGGCACGCCAGGGCUCUCAGCACGGAAUUCGCGACAGAGAAGAGACAGAAGCGAGGCUCUUCGGCCGGCCUCUUGAGGACCUCCUUUAAGGCGUCUGCUCGUAAGUACAAGGACAAUGUAGUGCACACAUACAGGAAGCGGCAUCCGAAACACGACAAGCACCAUGAUGCAUACGGCAGUGCAGGGCGCCAUUUCGUUCACCAGAUUCCCCGGGUCGUAAUCUCCUGCGAGAACUUGACGGAGAGUCGCAAGGCCAAUUCCUUGAGCAGAAUCCGAGACUCGUUCCGAAGGAGACCUGCAGCCUCGGACCCUCGCUGCACCCACGUCCAAGAAUCGGGAGAAGAGUCAGCCAACGAACAUUCCCGCAGGAGCCGACCGCGUGACGCCAGGGAUUUCCUCCGCGAAGAAGACGAGUCCCCGGAGAAGUGUCGCGGGAAAUCAAGGUCACAUUCUACAACCAGAGAAGACAGACGCGCGCCCUACGAGAAUCUCGAACGUUCGAAGUCCGUUCACGCGAAGAGGAGGACACCCAGACGCGAUUCUCCGUCUCUCAGCGAUGACCUUUACGUGAGGCGGAAGUCGCGUGGCCCGCGAAUCGACCUUGCGAAAAUGAGAUGA